AUGAUAGAGUCUAUAAAAAAACUAAACAGGAAGUUUCUAAUUACGCCAAAAAUUUUGUACUUUUUUGUGAAUCUCCAGUACUACACUCUUCAUCAGUUCAGAGGGGUAUUUGCAAAAAAGAAGUUUGGAGCCUCGGACGGGGAUCUUGCAAAAUACAUGGGCCCGAUGCUUGGGACAAUAUUCUUUACCAAUAUUUUCAUUGGUACGAUGAAUGACAAAUUCGGAAGAUCCCAUCUAUUUAUAGUUGGUGCUCUUCUUCUUACCUGCGCUCUUCUUCAGCUGUUCUAUGUGGAUUUGUAUGUAGGUAUCUUUCCGGGGAUGUUCUGGAUCAACUUUCUCCUUUACAUGGCUUUUAAUAAUGGGAUUCCUCCAUUGCUCGACAAGGCUGUAUUAGAUUACCUGAAUGGGAUUCCUGAGGCGGGGGCCCGAGCCUACGGAAAGCAGAAAUUGUGGGGAACGGCAGGAUACGGUUUGUCUUGUAAGGUAAUAGAAAAAUGCAUCAAGUUUGGAGAUGAUUUCAAAUUUGAGAAUCUGAGAUACUACUCUUUAGUGACCACUGCUAUAUCGGCAUCCUUAGUGUUUCUCUUGCUCAAAUCUCCUGCAAGCGAGGGAAGGGCUGUUAGGAGAGAUAUAACUGCAAACUGCAAGGAACUAAUGAGAAACAGAUCUUAUCUGUUCUUCAUACUCAUGAUACUUUUGAACGGAAUAACAAGACAGGCAUUGUCUAUAUACCAUACAGUAUAUCUAACAGAUGUGUUACAGAUCAAAGGAUACGAUCUCCCUGACACAUGGCCCUCCUGGCUUCAAUCUUUAGUUGGCUUUUUUAAUGAAUCUCCAGUAGCCACAACAACCAUGUGUGGAAUGGUUUUUGAAGUUAUAAUGCUUUAUAAUUUCCCUGCUAUAAGCAAAAGAAUUGGGCUAGUCUGGCCCUUUUUCAUUGCUCAACUUUUCCAGAUACUCAGGGUCGGAUGCUAUUUCGUAUUAGACUACGACGAUCCUAAUGUGUUUUUGUACUGUUGCCUUAUUGAACUUACAAGGGGUGUAUACUUUGGGCUUCUUCAGCCAUCUGCAGUUCAACUAGCCAUGAACCUUUGCCCUCCACAUCUCAAAUCCACUUCUCAGAUGAUCUACCACGGAACCUUCACGGCUCUUGGAUCUCUUGCUACCUCUCUUGUAUUUGGAAAUCUUUUCUCCGAAGACAAGAUGAAAGGAAAGGACAUUCCUAUAGAAGAUAGAGCUGCAAACUAUAAGUUGUUCUUCUUUGUAAAUAUCUGCUUUGCGUCUGUAACCACGGGAUUAUUUGUCUACAAAUACUUCAUUCUGGACCGGAUAUCCAGGCAUAGCACAGAUCAAGAAAAGAAAGCAAUAAUAGAAUCCCAAGAAGAGGGAGUGGCAAAUAAAUAG